AUGGCUGCACCAAUAGCUCUAGCUAUAACUGGGACAACCUUAAGCAUCGCCGCCAAUGCUUUCAAAGGCAUCCGCAAUGCCUCAAAAGAUAUCCAGGAUCUUACAUUGAGUAUCGACGGGCUAUAUCAAGUGCUAGGUUUACUUACAACCGCACUCACCUAUCAAGACACAGGCGAUAUCAGGCUACCGUCACAGAUGAUAUCGGACCUUGAGGUCCUUCUCGGGACUUGCAUCGAGCUCUGUAAAGAUGCCAAACGCGUGGUUGGUCCCUUCAUUGCACCUGACGGCAAGAGUCGAGGCGGAUUCAGGAACGGACUUAAGUGGGAGCUUUUCAGCAAGAGCGACGUCAAGUUAUUACAGGAGGCGCUAGCAACUUGCAAAAUCACCAUUAAUAUUGCAAUCUCAUCGCUAAAUUUUGUGACGAAUAGUCAAACAAAAAUCGCCAUCGAGCAGAUCCGUAAGGAUAUUGCGAUUCUUAGACUGUGUGCAAAUCAACAAGAGCAACAGGAGAUGCAAGGAGACUUGCAAGAGGCUUCAGGUACUUUCGCACGAUCAAGCAAUGCUUCUGGGAGGUUGAGCAUUGCUUCGUACAGUCUUCCACUCCGCAGCUACAUGGCAGAGACGGAGUCAUUGAUUGGCUCAUCAGCUUCAGAGCCCUCUGAAUCAGGGGACAUGAACACGGUCAAUCGAGACUCUGGACACGAGAUCUCAGCGCCAGAUCAGAAAGCCAAUGAAAUCUGGUAUUCUGCGUGGCCUCUGCAACACGAGGAACUUUUGCCAGAUGGCAAAGCCUACAGCAUUGAUCAGGAUCUUUAUCCUGGAUCCUCUGUGGCUCGUCUUCCAGAGAUGUUUUCAGCCAAUGAAAGUGCUAUGGAAGCGCCGAAGAAGGGAUUUCUAAGAAAGACCGAACACUUGACAUCCAUCGAGCCUUCUAGUCUUGGUGAUUUGAUCCUGGUGGGUAGGAUCAACACCAACCUCAAGCGCCCUGGAAUUUUGACCGAGUUGGAUUUUUUCCUCUUUUCAGAGAGACUCUUGGGGCUACGCCUGAUGUCUAAUCAUGAUCGACCUGACCUGCAUCAACCGAAUGAUAUGUCACCAUCUGUCAUAAACGCCUUCUCAGGUUUUUCGUACAGAAUUAUGUUCGAGAUCGAGGUCGACAGAAUAAGAGAGCUUAAGAGAGAGCCUGGAAUAUUCAAAAAGGAGCAUGUGACAGCUUUAUCAUACCUGCGUAAGGAUGAGAAGGGCUACGAUUCAAUGGAGUGGUAUUUCAUGUCUAAAGACGCCAGAAAAGAUAUCAUGAAGUGGAAGAAGGCAUUGGAGAAGGCUCGCGAUGACCUUAAAGUAUAUAUCAAUUCAUACAUUACGAAUCAUGCUCUCGAUCAGUUAUUGGAGCAUUUAGUAAAGGAUGGCGUAAGGCAAGUCAUCCGUCUAGGCUUACGAUCCAAAUCCGAUUUGCUUCAAAAUCUCACUCUCUAUUAUAUAAGGGAAGAAGUCGUACCCACGAAGACGGAAAAACAUAAUAAAUAG